AUGCCAGGGGGACGAGUCCCUUCUCGGCUGCUGAUUACUUCAAGAUGUGAGGGCUGGUUUGAGCCGGAGAAAGACACGCGCACAGUGUGGCUGCCACAGCCGGCCGACUGGGCUGCUGGGGUGAGCAGGCGUCUACUAGCAGAGCGACGGCACCCGGAUGCUUCUUGCGAACUCGCCUUUUGGCUCCCGGGCGCGGGGAGUAGUUCCAGGGACUGGGAGCACUUCAGGCUAGUACCUUUGUUGCUGCCUAGCCACAUCGUGAGAAAUCAGUUUUUGCUUUGGGUUCUAAAGGAUCCAGUUUUUCGCGAACAGAGCUCGACCACCUCUGUUCAGGAAUGGGCAGCGAAGGCACUUGUCAUCAAGCAUCAGUUAUCUAAGCAAGGGGAAAAGAAAUACUGGGUAGAGGAGUCUGGGAAGGUGCCCAAUUACCCAUACCUCUCCGCACGUCUCGCCCACUCGCCUGGGUUUCGACUUUGCAACAAGGUUUCCAACACCGCUGAAGUGCUUGGCAAAGUACUCCUGGAAGCUAGCCGGGUGAGGCUGCCAGGAAGCGGGCGGWCCGAGAGGGAGGCUUUUAGGACUUGGAAGACAGUGGUGGGACCUGAGGAAGGAAAUCGCGUCGCCAGCCAAUCUUUUGGGUCGAAGCGCUGUAGCAAGUGGUCUCACCUGGUUUGGUCCCUCCUGGCCCAGAAACAACGAAGAAAUGGAAACUUCUUUUAUGGUCACCAGUUGACCUGGGCGCAAAGCCCCAAAGACAACUACUACCAACCAUUCUUCCACCCAAAUCUACAAAACAAGAACUUUGUUUAUAUUAAUUUGAGGGAAAUUGCUAUCCUUCCAUUCCAAAAGCACUUAUUUCUCCUCUUCCAGCUACCAAAUASAGUGUGUUCUUGUCUUUCCACGAGCACAAUAAACCAUGCAAUGCAAAAUAUAAGGACUCCAGACUCGCUUAUCUUCUAUUUUAAAACGUCUCUCUGGAUUAAGGGACGUUAG